GCUUUACGAACAUAGAUUUUACUGCUGUGUUCUGUAGCAUUCACAAUCUCCAGAUAUGCUCCUAUAUUUGUCAGCUUAGCAGGUCCACUCUCAGGCCCUUCAUCCAUGCAUCCUUCUAUCUACUCCUCUUCCUCAACCAACUUUCCCUUUGAACUUUUUUUGCCGCCUUAACCGGGUGAAAACAGGUUGGAACAAGUGCAUUUCUUCCAUGAGAAGGCUGAUAUUUUUGGAGAAUUCAUAGCAGAGACGUCUCUCUGCUGCUUUUAUAUACUAUAUGGCACAGAAGAAGCUUUUUACACUGUCCCACACAACAUCCUAGUCUCUAAACUGGAGAGACACAGAUUUGACGGGUGGACCACUCGGUGGAUAAGGAAUUGACUGGAUGGUUGCACUCAGAGAGUUGUGGUCAAUGGCUCAAUGUCCAAGCGGAGACUGGUAACAAGUGGCAUUCCUCAUCCGUACUGGGACUGGCACUGUUCAACACCUUCGUCAGUGACAGGACAGUGAGGUCAAGUGCACGCUCAGCAAGUAUGCUGACCACACCAAGCUGUAUGGUGUGGUUGACACAUUGGAGGGAAGGGAUGCCAUCCAGAGGGACCUUGACAGGCUUGAGAGGUGGACCUGUGUGAACCUCAUGAAGUUCAACAAGGCCAAGUGCAAAGUACUGCAUGUAGGUUGGGUCAGUCCCAAGCACAAUUACAUGCUGGGCAGAGAAUGGAAUGAGAGCAACCCUGAGGAGAAAGCUUAGGGGUGUUGUUGGGCGAGAGGCAGCGUGCAAUGCUGUAAUGUGCAACGUGCACUUGCAGCCCAGAAAGCCAAACGUAUCCUGGGCUGCAUCAAAAGAAGCAUGACCAACAGGUCGAGGGAGGCGAUUCGCCCCCUCUGCUCUUGUGAGACCCCACCUGGAGUACUGCAUCCACCCCUGGGGCCCCCAAGAUAAGAAGAACAUGGACCCGUUGGAACCAGUCCAGAGGAGGGCCAUGAAGAUGAUCAGAGGGCUGGGGCACCUCCUCUGUGAGGGCAGGCUGAGAGAGCUGGGGUUGUUCAGCCUGGAGAAGAGAAGGCUCCAGGGGAGGCCUUUCAAUACUUAAAGGGGGUUUAUGAGAAAGAUGGGGACAGACAUUUUAGUAGAGCCUGUAGCAGUAAGGCAAGGGGUAAUGGUUUAAAUUAGGAGAGGGUAGAUUUACAUUAGAUAUGAGGAAGAAAUCCUUUACUGUGAGGGUGGUGAGGCACUGGGCCAGGUUUCCCAGAGCAGCUGUGGAUGCCCCAUGCCUGGAAGUGCUCAAGGCCAGGCUGGAUGGGGCUUUGAGCAACCUGGUCUGGUGGGAAGUUCCCCUGCCCAUGGCAGCAGGGUUGGAACUAGGUGAUUUUUAAGGUCCCUUCCAACUCAAACCAUUCUAUAAGUUCAUGCAAGAAUUAGAGCCCUAAUAGCACUCAGAAAAUAGGCAUAAAAAUUCCUUUCUCCCUCCAGUACAGUUUCAUCUGCUUACUGCAGCUUUUGAUUUCCAUCACAACCCACCUGCCUAGAAAACAUUCUCUGCAAAGAUUAGAAGUGAAGACUUCUGCAUACAAGCAUAAAAUCACAGUGUUGCUCAGAAAAGGAGUAUAAAAUACCUGUUGUCUCCACAGCUUACCUCACUGCCUGUUUAAAACUAAAGCUCCUGUGGUCUUCCCCCCACCCCCAGAGCUUCCCUGCAUAACUGAUGUUGAACGGUGCCUCAAGCCAGAUAGCUGCCCUUAGGCAGGGGCAGCAGCAGGGUAUUACCCAGCUGGCUUGUGCUUUACAGCACGAGGUUCUCAGGGUGUGGUAACACCAGAGGAGUCCAGGGGCCUCUGGCACUAUUAGAGUCUCUUCUGGGUGGGGCAAGGGAAGAGGAGCCUGGUGUUGUCAGGCAGUCCUAUCUGCAGGGACUGUCCCACCCAGGGCCAUUGAGAGGCCCUCUGGCAUCCCUAACUCUUUGCAACUCUCACUUGUUAGCAACUCUACAAUGCAUAUUAGCACCUAUUUAUCUAGUUCUUCCCCAGCCUAUCAGUUUCACACUGGCAGGUGAUAACCCAAAUUCCCCAUUCAUAUUCAUCUCUGGUCCAGGUUUGCUUCCCUCUGAAUUGCAAUGACAAAUUUCUCCUGAUAGUCCUAAGUCUCACUACCCAGGAAGAUCUCUAUCACUGAUUUGCUACACAGAGUGGUACCUUUGAAACCCUCUGGCUGAGCUGAUCUAGAGUUCAGUUAGGGUCUGAAGAUAACCUUGGGACAUCAGGUUUGUCUGUUGAGGUGAACAAUCAAACCAGUCUCGAAGUGGAGAACACUCCAGUUGGGCUUGCACAUAUUCUGAGCACCUCUGAAACCUCCCUCAGUGCAUCUGUGCUGCAUCUUACUCAUCCAGAGGAGCAAAACAAAAGGAACAGGAAACAUCAGGAAAACUCUGCAAGAACUGCCCGCUGAGCCAGUGCUGCCCAGAGGUAAACUCUGGAGAAACGGGCACCGCCGACCUUUGAAGUCCCAUGGGAGGAUCUGUGUUGGCAAAACUGACAUCCAGAGGAAGGUUAUGAUGGGCAAGAAAGUGGGAAAUGGGUACCAAGCUUUCAAAGAUGUUUGUCAACACGUACAGAAAGAUACUUACUGGCAUAUUCAAAAGCUGUAUAGGUCCCAUGAGGGUGCUCUGAUGCUUGGGCAGCAGGUGCUGAAGACUAAGGCAGUUAACAUGAGCACUAUGAGAAGGUGAAGCAGGGCCAAAAGAGCAAAAGCCCCUCUGAAAAUCACUGGGAUCAGCAAGGCAAAAUUAUGUUUGUCUUCUACCAGAACAGCUCUGUAAAUUUAGCAAUAAGUUUACUAAGGAGAAUGCAGAAAUAAAAUACACACCUGUAGUAACUGUGUGGGAUGUGAUGGGAAGAUGACCAAAUAUUUAUGUAUAAUUCUAGUUACUAUAUCAGUAGAUGAUACAGAGCAAUCAUUUGUCUUUAUGCUGCUAUAAUAAGGAUGCUGUCCUGCAUGAGCAGAGCUGAGCAAGCAAACCAGUCCCCUUGUCCCAAUCGUGUUUAAGUGGCAGGGUUUCUACAAACAUGCUUUUAUAUUAGUUAUGCCUGCCAUAGCAUCACGAAACGCUAGCACUCACCAUUUCAGCUGCUUCCUCUGAUAAUGACUUUGUUUAAUGCAUCUGAUGAUGACCGUUCCUGCCUGGAGCCAUGGUGAAAUGCAUUCACCAAUCAUUGCUUUAUUUAUUCCUGGGGCAUUUUGCUAGAAGCAUUCAAUGGGCAGAACAUCUUUCUUUUCUCUUGAGAUUACAAAUGAUGUGACAUACAUAUGAGUUAACAUCUUUUUAGCUUUAAAUCCAUUUACCUCGAUUUUCUAAAGGUUUGCUUCAGGGUUGGAGGAGAAUGUUUCCAGGUGAGCCUGAUUGGGUUCAGCUAGUUGUGACAGAUGCAGUUCAUUUGGGGUAAGGGAGGAAAAUGGUGAAGAGGGGAUAAAAGGCUUUGGCAGCCCCUGCAGAGUCCUUUCUGUCAGGGAAUCUUUCUAGUUUUCUGUCUUAGUAACUGCUUGUUGUUUUCUCCAUCUUAUUAUGCCAUCACCCAUUCCUCUUAAUUGUUUUCUUCCCUGGGAAUUUUCCUCAUCUGUGGAUUUGCGACCCUGCAGCAGCCCCUUAGUUAUCCCUGGCAAAGGCAGCAAAGAUUUUUUGGGAGGAACUCCUUCGGUCAGGACUCGCCGCUUGCCUCCACGCCUGGCCUGGUGCUCCAUUGACUGGGAUCAGCUCUGCCUCCUGCAGCCCCUAGGCUCUGGGGGCUUUGGAUCUGUCUACAAAGCCACCUACCACGGUGCAACUGUGGCUGUGAAGCAGGUGAAGAAGAGCAGCAAAAACCGGCUGGCAUCACGACAGAGCUUCUGGGCUGAGCUGAACGUAGCCUGGCUACAGCAUAAUAACGUGGUACGUGUGGUGGCUGCCAGCACGUGUGCCCCAGCCAGCCAGAACAGCCUGGGCACCAUCAUUAUGGAGUAUGUGGGUAAUAUCACUCUGCACCAUGUAAUCUAUGGCACUGGUGAUGCGUGGAGACAGGGUGAGGAUGAUGAAGGCGGAUGUGGGAGGAAGGCCCUGAGCAUGGAAGAGACUGUGUGCUAUUCUUGUGACAUUAUAACGGGCUUAGCCUUUCUUCACUCACAGGGCAUUGUACACUUGGACCUGAAGCCUGCAAACAUUUUCAUCACUGAGCAGGGAGUGUGCAAGAUUGGAGACUUUGGGUGCUCUCAGAAACUGGAGGAGGGCUUGUCCCAGAGCUCCCAUGUUUGCCAGCAAGGGGGCACGUACACACACCGUGCCCCAGAGCUCCUCAAAGGGGAGAGGGUCACUGCCAAAGCAGACAUCUACUCGUUUGCUAUCACCCUCUGGCAAAUUGUCAUGCGAGAGCAGCCCUACCAGGGUGAGCGGCAGUAUGUGCUCUAUGCUGUGGUAGCCUAUAACUUACGCCCUUCACUGGCUGCUGCUGUUUUCCACGAGUCACCAGUGGGCCAGAGACUCCAGAGCAUUAUUAGCUGCUGCUGGAAGGCUAAUGUAGAGGAGCGCCCGAGUGCGGCUGAGCUGCUUCCCAGCCUCAGGGCCCUCAAGGGAAGCCUCUAGGAAAAUGCAGGACUCUUACAGUUUCUUUUAUUGUUGUCUCUUCUUCCCUUUCCUUCAAACAUAACGAA